AUGGAUGCCCGCCGCCGCAAAGAAGAAGAAGAGAAAAAGUCCGACGAAGAGUCAACGCUGGAACCCUGGUUGUCGAAACCCCUUGAUGAAACGUACAGUGACAAGGCAUUGGACAAAAUUCUCAAGGCUGUUUCUGCCUCGGCCUUUGAAAGUCGAUUACAGGAUGCCAACAUGGCCAGCAAAUUGAUCGGUAACACAUACGCAGCAAGUGUCUUCUUUGGAUUGGCAUCUCUCGUGGACCGGGCCGGCAGGAAUGGAGACUUGUCCCCUGGCAAAACCAUUGGCAUCUUCUCUUACGGUUCAGGUGCAUUGGCCACCAUGUACUGUCUAUCGGUGCGCACCCCCGAGUCCUCCGAGUUUAACAUUGGCCGAAUGUCGGAAACCAUGAAGCUGACGGAAAGACUGCAAUCACGUGAAGAAGUUGCUCCAGAAGAACUCGAUUUGGCUUUGGAAACUCGUGCUCGCAUGCACCGUGCGGGUGCCCCCUAUUCGCCAGUCUACCCUACAGAGGGGCGUCUCUUCCCAGUGUUCCAGAAUGACAACCUGGACCUUCUGGUGCAAGGGCAUCAGUGCAUCAAGCCUGUGAGCCAAGCUCUCCGAAAAGAAAUGCUCGAAAAGAAUGUUGUCCAGCUUGUGAAGCGCCCCGACAAGACAAUCGAGCGCAGGCCGGUGAACACCGAGAAAGAGGUCAUCAAGCUUGCAGCUCAGUUGGGUUCUCUGUCUCUUCCAGAAAAUUAUGGUGUGGCCAAGGGCCUGGCGGAUACCAUGGAUGUGGCUGCACAAGUUGCUGUUGCCGCUGGACUCGAAGCGCUCAAGUCGGCGGGACUUGUUAGUGGCAAGUCGAGUGAUCCUGAAGAGUGGAUGUUGCCCGAACAGUAUCGCGACAGCACCGGUGUUGUAUAUGCUUCUAGCUUCCCUGCAAUGGACGCGGCUGUUGGCGAGGUAAUGAGAUUCCUUCGCUCUCAGACAGUUGGAGCCGCUGGUUCGAUGCGAUUGAUCUCCUCGCUCAGGGAUCGUCUCGUCAAGGCGUCGCCUGUCCAGCAAAUCGCCGAUGAGGACGAAUCAGCUUUUGCCCGGCUUUCGAUCGAACGCCAAAAGUUCUCCUUGAAUCCUUUCGCCGUCAAGGCUCGUCUUUUGGCAACACAGUAUUCCAAUUCUGCCUUCCAUGGAGCCGCAUUGGAUCGCAAGCACAUCGGCUCAGAGUUAGUGCGCUUCUUGAAUGACGUUGAGAUCGUUCAUGGCAUUUGCAAGGCCGAAAUUGCCACUCAUGGAGUCUACUUCUCGCAUGAGACAUGUACCCAUGCUUCUUCUGCCUCAAGUUGCGCUGGUAACGAAGUUGCCGCUUUGAGGCAUGCUUUCGGCGAUGAAUUGCUCAGGAAGCUUCUGAUUCUGAACACCAAAGGAUUCACAGGCCAUCCCAUGGGUGUUUCGUUCGAAGACGUUGCUGCGGUAGAGGUGCUUAUGAAGCAAACGGUACCUGCGGUGCCCAACUGGGCAGAAAAGGACGACUAUCUCGGAGAACUAAACAUCUCUAAGGGUGGGAAGUAUGCAUGCCGCUAUGCGCUGCGAUUCGCAGCAGGCUUUGGCAGCCAAGUUGCAUUUGCCUUGUAUGCAACCGCUCAAGAAUAA